UCUUGGUUACCGGAAGAAGAAGCGUGAACCGUUCAUUGUAGAUGACUACUCGUUUCGAUUCUUCGUUUCUCUUCUCCAUCAAUCAUCUCUCUUCCUCUCUCCAGUUCAAAACUCCCGCCAUUAAAGGAAAGAUCAUUCAGUUCAAAUCUGGCGGAAAAGUAAUCGAAGCCUCCUCCUCUCCAUCCUUAUCAACAUCUUCUUCUUCCGCCAGAAACAUCAAUAACGAAAUUCCUAGUGUAAAUGGAUUUGGCGAUAGUGUGUUGUAUAGAAGGAGAGCAGUUAUCAUUGCAGCUACUGUUCUUCUUCCCUUAAUUGGAUUCAAUGGAUUUGGUGUUCAGGCAGCAGAGUUGGUGACAGACAAAACAUUGGUAAUACGAGAAGGAGUAAGGAAAGCAUUGACCAAGGGCAAAGCAGCAGGUGUACUUCGUCUGGUUUUUCAUGAUGCAGGAACGUUUGAUAUGAAUGAAAAAUCAGGUGGUAUGAAUGGUUCCAUAGUUUAUGAACUUGAUAGACCCGAAAAUGCUGGACUUAAAAAAUCUGUCAAGAUUCUAGAGAAAGUGAAAAGUGAGCUUGAUGGAACAGAACCAGUUUCUUGGGCGGACUUGAUCGCUGUAGCUGGUGCAGAAGCAGUUUCCCUUUGCGGAGGUCCCCUCAUCCCAGUUCAGUUAGGAAGGAAAGAUUUAACGGUACCCGAUCCGGAAGGGAAGCUUCCUGAAGAAACUCUGAAUGCUUCUGCUUUGAAGCGAUCCUUUUUAAGCAAAGGAUUCUCUACACAAGAACUUGUAGCAUUAUCUGGAGCUCAUACUAUUGGUGGUAAAGGUUUUGGGAGUCCAACUGUUUUUGACAAUUCCUACUACAAAAUACUUCUAGAGAAACCGUGGGCGUCCUCAGCUAAUAUGAUUGGGCUUCCAUCAGAUCAUGUACUUGUCGAGGAUGAAGAAUGCUUAAGGUGGAUCAAUACAUAUGCGGAUGACCAGAGAAAAUUCUUCGAAGAUUUCAAAAAUGCUUAUAUCAAACUUGUGAAUUCAGGUGCCAUGUGGAAAGAUGCCUGAAAAUAAUUUUGGUCACCCUUCAUAUUGUAACUAUGAUCAUUGUCUGUUAGUACAUAAAGUAAUAAACUCAUGUAUACGAUUUAUUUGAAAAUUUUCAAAAAUAUUCUAAAUCAAUCAUGUUAUGAUCUUCUUUU